CCCACAGGUCACUGCUAGUCACUUCCAGUCUCGCAUCCAGAACUUUCUCCUACAGUGCCUUGCCUGGGACUACAACUCCCAGGAUACACCAGGUGGAGAAGCUGGCCAAUCAGGAAGCACAUUCCCCACCAUUACUUUCGGCCCCGCCCCACCUGCAGUCAGAGUUUUUGUGAGAGUUGGCUGGCCAGUGGCUCUGAAGUGAGUGAUACAGGAUGAAUUUCUGGACUCAGGAGAAAGCAGAGAUGUUUAAGAAUAAUGUUACUGACCAUAAGCUAAACAUGGAAGCCAUAAUUAAAAACAUUAACAUGAUUUCUUUGGAGUUGAAGAAGAUGCAAGAGCUCUCCCAGUUGCUGCUUUGUGACCUUACUUUACAUUUUAAUCAUCCUCUGAAGACAAAUGACUUAGAGGAAACAGAAGGAAAACCGCCCCUCUUUGAUGAAUCUAAAAUAUCAGAUGUGUCCUUUGCUUCUAACAGCUUUUCUGUCUGAUUUCUUUUUGUUUGUUGUGAAUUUAUAACUAUUUAUUGUGGAAUUAACACAUAUCGGGGAGAAUUAAGUUUACUAAUAUAUUUAAUAUGAUAAAAACAAAAUAAAAAUAUGAAUUGUAAAUAAUCA